UGUAUAUUACGACACCAUCCAUUUCCUUGAGAAUGCUCAGUUUGUUUUUUUAAAUCUCUGUACAAUUUUCAUUUUUAUUUUAACGUUUUAAAAAAAAAUCGAUUGAUAUUUAACGAAUGAAGGAAUUUUCAACUACCGCCACCGGAAUAUUUGUCAGAGAUAUGUGUAGGAGCUGAAGUAAAUCAUUUCAACAGUAUAGCACCAACGCCGUAAUGCCUGCAAUUCAUCAAUAACGGCGGCGUCUCGCGAUCGUAUCACGUUCAAUUCAUUUUGAUAUUAGUUCCAGGUUCCAGGUUGAUGUGUGUGCGCGUAUAGUUGUCGUUCGGUGUUUUUUUAAUCGUGACUCGCGACAUUGACGUAAUCAGAAGCACGAAUGUAUUCGACACUGUUCUGAUCAAGUUUCGAAAUUCGUUUGUUGCCGUUGUAAAGAAUCGUCAUGGGUGAAGAUCGCGACCGAGACAGAGAUAGAGAUCGUGACAGAGAUCGCGAUCGCGAACGUGACAGGCGUCAUAGAUCGAGAUCUCGCGAACAUAAACGAAGAAGUAGAUCUCGGAGUAGAAGUAGGCAUAGAGAUCGUAGCAGAAAACGUAGCCGUUCGAGGAGUCCGAAAAAGUCAAAGUCGCGCCGUAGGAAACCGUCUCUGUAUUGGGACGUACCGCCUCCAGGCUUCGAACAUAUUUCUCCUCUUCAGUACAAAGCUAUGCAAGCCGCUGGUCAGAUUCCAGCCAAUGUUACUGCUGAUACUCCGCAAGCGGCCGUUCCGGUCGUCGGUUCCACAAUCACUAGGCAAGCCAGGCGCUUAUACGUCGGAAAUAUACCUUUCGGCGUUACCGAGGACGAAAUGAUGGAAUUCUUCAAUCAACAGAUGCAUCUAUCGGGAUUGGCUCAAGCCGCCGGAAAUCCCGUUCUAGCUUGUCAAAUAAAUUUGGACAAGAACUUCGCUUUUCUCGAGUUCAGAUCGAUCGACGAAACCACCCAGGCGAUGGCCUUCGAUGGGAUCAAUUUCAAAGGGCAAAGUCUGAAAAUUCGUCGUCCGCACGACUAUCAGCCAACUCCUGGUAUGACUGACACGUCGGCUCUAGGCUUACCAGCGUUCGACCAUUCUCUCGCUAAUAUGGCUGCCACGAUACCAGGUGUUGUAAGUACAGUGGUUCCAGACUCGCCGCAUAAAAUCUUCAUCGGUGGAUUGCCAGCCUAUUUGAACGAAGAUCAGGUGAAAGAGUUGCUGAUGUCGUUUGGCCCGUUACGAGCGUUCAACUUGGUCAAGGAUACCGCCACCGGAUUGAGUAAAGGUUACGCGUUUUGCGAAUACACCGAACCGAAGGUUACCGAUCAGGCGAUAGCCGGACUCAACGGCCUGCAGUUGGGUGACAAGAAGUUGAUUGUGCAACGUGCCAGCGUUGGCGCCAAGAACGCUACUCCCGGUCAGCAAGUGCCCGUUACUAUUCAAGUUCCCGGCUUGACUAUGGUCGGAACGUCUGGACCGCCUACCGAAGUUUUGUGUUUGUUGAAUAUGGUCACUAACGACGAGUUAAAAGACGAAGAAGAAUACGAAGAUAUUUGCGAAGAUAUUCGAGAAGAAUGUAAUAAAUACGGCGUAGUUCGUUCGCUAGAAAUACCUAGGCCUAUCGACGGAGUUGAUGUUCCAGGAUGUGGAAAGGUGUUCAUCGAAUUCAACACGAUUGGCGAUUGCCAGAAAGCUCAACAAGCGUUAGCCGGUCGAAAAUUCAACAGUCGCGUCGUAUUGACGUCCUAUUUCGAUCCCGAUAAGUAUCACCGAAGAGAGUUUUAAUCAUCAGUCUGGUCUGCCGUUUGGUGUCGUGUCGUGUCGUGUCGUAUUGUAUCGUAACCGCCGCCGUCGCCGUCGUCGAAAUAAUCUCGACGAAUUCUUCGUAAUGUAUUUGUGUAAUAAUUUUAAUUUUACCUAAUUAUUUUUAUCUUCAUCUUUACGAUGAUUAUUAUUGUAGAACAGUUUUAUAUAAAUAAUACGCCUAAAAUAUAAAAAUGAUACACGC